AUGAAUGUGUUUGGUAAAAGGAAAACUCCUCAAGAACAACUGAGAGAAAACAAUCGGGCUCUCCAACGAACCAUGAGGGAACUGGAUCGCGAAAAACAGCGUCUUGAAAAUGAACAAGUUAAAAUUACAAAUGAUAUCCGUAGGAUGGCUAAACAGAACCAAAUGGAGACUGUAAAAAUUAUGGCAAAAGAUUUGGUCCGGAUUCGAGCGUACAUCACCAAACUCGUUAAGAUGAGAGCGAGCAUUCAGGCUAUUUCGUUGAAUAUGCAGACACUGAAGUCAACUGCUCAAAUGUCAGACUCGAUGAAACUGGUCACGCGUACGCUAGUUCAAAUGAAUAGACAAAUGAAGCUGCCUGCAUUGCAAAAGACUCUUCGCGAGUUUGAGAAGGAGUCUUCAAGAAUGGAGAUGAAACAGGAAAUGAUCUCUGACGUUAUGGACGAUGUUUUCGACCAAGAGGGUGAUGACGAAGCUACUGAGGCUGUCGUUCAACAGGUAUUGGACGAGUUGGGCAUUGAGCUGUCGGAUGGGCUUCACGGUCUGCCCACGAUGGCAGGUACCAUCGGAGGUGCGGAGGGGGCAGGCAAUCGGGGCGAAGCGAUGCCUGUUCCUGCUGGUGCCGACCCCACUGCUUCUGCGGAAACAGACGAACUGGAGGCACGUCUGCGUAACCUCAAGCGCUAG